AGGCGGCGCUCGGAGCGCGGGUCCCGCCCGGCUGCGCUCCCAGGCGCCGCCCCGGCGCUCGGGCACCGGCGCGGGGCGAGGGGCGGCCGCAAGGACGGGGCUGCUCGGUGCCCUCCGCCAGCGGCCGCCGCCCGCUCACACCCGUGCUCGCCGCCCUGCGAUCCCGCCCUUCCCGCCCCGGCGCUGCGGGCCUUCCUCCAUCCCUCAGCCUGGUGUGUGUACUGGAGAUGAAGAAACCAUGUAGCAGAAGGCUGUGAGCAGCUGUGGAUCAUCAGUUUCUCCCAACAGCAAUAUAAAGUGAAGAAUGAAGGCGACUGGGUUUAUUUCCCUGUGGACAUUGGUUUCUCUGCCUUGUGGCCCGUUAGCAAGCCCUGCAGAACGUGAAGAUGUAGUGAAGCAUGCAAUAAAGCUGCACCGUGGGAAAGGAGCUGUUAUCACUCAGAGGAAGCAGUGGGUGUUGGAGAGCUGCAGAAAACUGUCUGGUCUUCUUCGCCAAAAAAAUGUUGUUCUCAACAAACUAAAAAAUGCCAUAAGAGCAGUUGAGAAGGAUGCAGGACUGUCUGAUGAAGAGAAGCUUUUUCAGGUGCACACCUUUGAAAUUUUCCAAAAGGAGCUAAAUGAAAGUGAAAACUCAGUCUUUCAGGCAAUCCAUGGCCUCCAGAGAGCUCUACAGGGUGAUUACAAAGAUGUUGUAAAUAUGAAAGAAAGCAGUAGACAGAGACUGGAGGCCUUGAGAGAAGCUGCAAUUAAGGAGGAAAUGGAGUAUGUUGAACUCUUAGCAGCAGAAAAACACCAGGUUGAAGCCCUUAAGAAUAUGCAGCACCAGAACAAAAGCCUGUCAAUGCUUGAUGAAAUUCUGGAAGAUGUCAGGAAGGCAGCUGAUAGAUUGGAAGAGGAAAUAGAAGAACAUGCCUUUGAUGACAACAAAUCUGUAAGAGGUGUAAACUUUGAAGCAGUUUUAAGGGUGGAAGAAGAUGAAGCCAACUCCAAAAGAAAUGCUUCAAAAAGAGAAGUAGAAGAUGACUUAGGUCUUAGUAUGCUUAUUGAUUCUCAGAACAAUCAGUAUAUCCUUACUAAACCCAGAGAUUCAACUAUUCCUCGUGCUGAUCAUCAUUUCAUAAAGGAUAUUGUGACGAUAGGAAUGUUAUCGCUGCCAUGUGGCUGGCUGUGCACAACGAUAGGAUUGCCAACCAUGUUUGGAUAUAUCAUCUGUGGAGUACUCUUAGGACCCUCAGGACUAAAUAGUAUCAAGUCUAUUGUACAGGUGGAGACAUUAGGAGAGUUUGGUGUAUUCUUCACUCUCUUUCUAGUUGGUCUGGAAUUUUCUCCUGAAAGAUUAAGAAAGGUAUGGAAAAUCUCUUUGCAAGGACCCUGCUACAUGACAGUUCUGAUGAUUGCGUUUGGUUUACUAUGGGGGCACUUGCUCCAAAUUAGACCAACACAGAGCGUCUUCAUUUCCACUUGUUUGUCUUUGUCAAGCACACCACUGGUGUCCAGAUUUCUUGCAGGUAGUGUUCGAGGAGAUAAAGAAGGGGAUAUUGACUACAGCAGCGUACUGCUUGGCAUGUUGGUGAUGCAAGAUGUGCAGCUUGGUUUAUUCAUAGCUGUCAUGCCUACACUUAUUCAAGCAGGAGUGAGCACAUAUUCCAGCAUUUUCAAGGAAAUUCUGAGAAUACUGAUACUGAUUGGCCAAAUUCUGUUUUCUCUGGCUGCUGUUUUUCUUCUAUGUCUUGUUAUAAAGACUUAUCUCAUAGGACCGUAUUACCGCAAGUUGCACACAGAAAGCAAAGGGAAUAAAGAAAUCCUCAUUCUAGGAAUAACUGCAUUUACCUUCCUUAUGUUAACGAUCACAGAGCUGUUGGACGUUUCAAUGGAGCUGGGAUGCUUCUUAGCCGGAGCUCUGAUCUCUUCUCAGGGUCACAUGGUUACUGAGGAGAUUAUGUGCUGUAUUGAACCAAUACGUGACUUCCUUGCCAUCAUUUUCUUUGCAUCUAUAGUUUACGUGUGGAGUAUAGAGUUUGAAACUGGGCAUCAAAACCCUCUGUGCCACUGGUGGGGACUUCAUGUUUUUCCCACGUUUGUAAUAUAUGAACUCACAGUCUUGCUAUUCCUUACAUUGUCUGUCGUCAUAAUGAAGUUUGUCUUGGCAGUGCUUGUCCUUUCUUUGAUUCUUCCAAAGACCAGCCAAUAUAUCAAGUGGAUUGUCUCAGCAGGACUGGCACAAGUCAGUGAAUUCUCUUUUGUUCUGGGAAGCAGAGCACGCAGAGCAGGGAUCAUAUCUCGGGAGGUCUAUCUUCUUAUUCUGAGUGUGACUACUCUAAGCCUUUUACUUGCCCCUGCCCUGUGGAGAGCUGCAAUUAUGAAAUGUGUUCCAAGACCUGAAAGACGCUCAAGUACUUGAUCAAGAUUUGCACAAAUAGAAGAAUAUGUCCUCUUGCAAGGAAAACAUCAUUGCUCAUUGUAUUUCUAUGCACUCAGAAAACAAGACCUGUUGAGUAGUCAGUCCUCUUGGUUAUAAGCCUUAUACUGACCUUAAAACAAAAUUCAGUACUAAAAAAUAAUUGCUUCACUUGAAUUGCACACCUUUUAGAAAAUUUACUUUAACUCUGACAGAUUGGAAUCUGCUAGGAUAUUUGUUUCUGAUCCGAUCUAUUACUCAGAGCAUAAAUUAUUUUUUGAAAAUAUAGUAUCAUGCAAACUGUGUUGAUUAUUUUUUUGCCUGAAUGUGCCUUUUAAUUUUCAUCCUGUUAAUGCUGGUUCAUCACCAGAUUUUGUUCAGAAAAGAAAGAAAGGUAUAUAUAUAUAUAUAUUAUGGUGCCUAUGGUAUCUUCUUUCACUAAAUGACUUGAGUCAUUUUCACAUUUAGGAUUUUAUUAUAGCAGUAUAAAAUUAAUUACAAAUUUCUAGUGGUGAAUAAAAGAGUGAUCUUCUACACAAAGAAAAAGUUUAACUGUUUAGCAUCAGUUCCAAGCAGCUAAUUACAUGUUCCAAAUCAUGCAGCCAGUACUGCAUGGUGUUUUAUUCUAAAUUGCAGCAUAUAAUGUAUUUUCUUAUAGUGGUAUAUUUUGUGCUAGUUCUUGUAUUUAUUUACAUAUUUGACUAAAAAUUGACAGUAAGAAAGGGCAUAACUUAUGUUUGCAGACUGACAGUUGUUACCCAUUCUUGUUGCUAACUGCUGCUACAGUAAUGGUUUUAAAUCAAAAAGAAAUGUAGUUAAACUGGGAAGUGUAAUUUCAAUUAGAUGUGAAAAAUAGUACUUCUGUAACCUUGGAGGUUGGAUCUUAGUUGACACUAUUCUAGAUUUUAAAUUAUUUUAAGUGAAUUAACGUGCAGAAAACUGGAAACAGCAGACUGGAUGUGUAUUUGCAACCCCAUGACCUUUUAAGUUAUAUUUACAUUGAAUAAAUUGUUAAGUCUUUUUAAAAUACCGUGAUAUUUUAGAAAACUGGGUUUUGAAUGUGAUCUUUAAUGUGGUUUUUCUUUAAAAUGUUGUAUGUAGUGAGAUAGGUUGUGUAAAAGCCCAUUCUUUAUGUGCCAUGAAGAAAGCUUACUCAAGUAAGCUGUAGUCUACUCUGUGACAAAGCAUUUAAGAAUCAUCUUGAGGUUUAUCUGCUAAAACCAAUACUAUUUAAGAUACAUUAACUCUUCAGGUCAGUAUUGCAGUAUCAUCUGAAAUAACAUUGAUACCCACAGAAUGGUUAGAAAAAUGCAUGUUACCAAGUUUAAAUUGCCAAUUAAAAUGAAAAUUGUCCUCCUAGUAGCAAAACAAAGCUUUGGAUGGAUUUUUGUGCUCUAUACCUCUUUCCAGGUAGCAGCCUCAGUUUCUUCUGUGUUUUCUCUGACAUCUGCUGGGCUUGUCCAAAUGAAACUUGUAUUAGUCUGGAGUGUGUAUGUAUUGGUGGGACAGGGUAGAGGUCAUCAUAUUUGAGUUCUUGCUCAUUGGAUUCAGGGCUUUCCCUCUAGGCACUAAUGCUUUAUAAAAGUUGGAGGAUGGCAAUUCCACCUCCCUUCAAAUGGUUUCAAAAGUUGUUGCAGAACAGACAAAUGCAGAGGAAAAAGCUGCCCUAUUAAUAAAAUAUUUUUUAAUAAAGGGAAUCUAUAACAGAAAAGAAACUUAAAACUGAUUUGUUAGUGUAUUUAAUAUUUUUAUUCAAAAGAGAGGAGCAGCUCAAAUUUUAUGGUCCUGUUUAACAGUCUACUAGCUCAGACCUUUUACUCUUUUCCAGGUAUAUCACUAAAAUAAUUUGUUUCUUAACUGUCCUGUGCACUCUAUCCACUGACCUAGCUCAUUGUUUCUGCAUGAAAUACAAGCAUCUCUCCUGAAUGCUUCAUUUUGGCUUUGAAAGAUGCUUAUUUCAUAUGUAAUUUGCCACCUCUUUCAGGGGGAAAAUGUAUGACAGGUCAUGGUGGAGACCUCUGUAUGGUUUCCUUUAUGUCACUUAGCCCUUGAAGCAAUUUUAUGACAUACUGCACCUGUGAUGAGUAAAACUUUUAUCUAAAUAAAUUGCUGUGGGUAGUUGUAGUUCUCUAGAAAACUUUUUAAAAGUUAGGAAGGAGAUUAGGAAAUACUCAUGGCUUGUGUCUCCUGAAAGAAAGAAAAUACUUUCCUGAGUAUCUUUUGAAAGAUUUGGGUGAAAAGCUCUUUGGUACCAUGUUCAAAAAAGGAAAGCAAACAUAUAGAUACCUUAUUGGUUGCCUCCCAAAAAAACUUUGUCAUGGUGUAGGAAUGGUAUUCCCAAAUUUAGUGCUCUCACCAAAAUCAUGAUGUCAGUUGUUUCCCCUCUCGCCCCAGCUGGAAGCACAAAAGGCAAAGAUUGUGGGUUGGGAUAAGCACUGGAAACAGCAAUGGGCUAAGAAAACAAACAGCAACAGCAACAAUAUUAAUAACAAAAGUGUACAAAGAGAAUCCCCAGACAACAACAGUUCCCCACCCCGCCACAGACAAAGGGGUCACCUUUCUUCCUGGAAGUAGAGAGGGAGCCCUUUUUCCCUGCCUCUGGCAGUGAGGUAGAAUGGUAUAUAAUAGUGAGGUACACAUGCCCACACCACUCCAGGUUCCUCACCUUCAUUCCUACUGUGGAAAAAGCUCCAGGAUAACUUGGCUAGGCAUUAGGAGAUCUGGGGGAAGAGAAAUAGCCUCAUGUGAGUGCCAGUAUUCUCUGCCUCUGUUGACACAGACUUGGAUUGCCUGGUUCAAUAUUAGAUGUAAGUGAAAAUUAGUAAUCUUAACAGACAUCUGGUAAAUUUGUUUACAGUCAGACAUUUGAGAUUGCCUCAUAGAAAUCUGGAGGUAUAUUGAGAUACUGUAAAUGUUUCCUGAAAUGCAAAUAAUGGCUCCAUGCGUAAUUCCAUGUCCAAAUGGGGUAGUCUGAUAGGAUCUUAGGACAGAAACAACAGACCUUAUUCCUGAAUGAUCACUCAUUCCUGUAUGGAAAAUGGGGAGAAUAUUGCAUAACCAGCCCACUUAGAUAUAAUUGCAGCUUUUCCGAAACCUUAUGCUUGUACUGUGGAAUAUUCUCUUUCUGUGUCAAGCAGAUAAAAUUAAAGCAGAGUUCCAGGAGCCCUGAAAGGAAAAUCUGCUGAUUUGUUGAAGGUUCCUUAAAAAACAAAAUGUCUUUUUCUGGAAAUUCUUGUUCCAGCUUGUUGGACAGUGGUUCUAUCUUGUUCAUUAACUAAUGAUCAGCGUCACUUGAAUACAGAAAAGCUGAUAGAGAGCAGAAACCUCAUUAAGUGAUUGGAGAAUAUUCCUGUGGUUAAGCUGAACUUAAGGGAGUGAAAACGAAGGUCUGCUCUGUGCUUGGCUUGCAGUUCAUUCAGCUAACCUAUUUUGGGGUUGAAAUUUUUUUUGGGUGGGGGUUGUUUGAUUUAUUUUGUAGGUGGAUUUAGCUGUGCUUGUUUGGCAUGGCUUUCUGAAAAUUUGAGUUCUUGUGUGUUACCCCUUAGUUGCUAUCUUUGAUAGAUAAAAAGAUAUCUGUGAAGAUAAAGGAAUCGAAGCAGUUUAAAAGCUGGUAGUGUGAGCUAUGCUUUGUGAGCCAUUUCCCUUGCCCUGGGGUCAGAUUGGUAUAUAUGGACCCAUGAACACCCUACUUAUGGCUUAUCCUGAACCUUAUCCAGAAGGUGGCUUCAGUUUGUCAGUAGGAAGGAAUUUGUGGGAGCUGUGAGGUGGUUUCCUGAAACUGUGACUGAUGUAGGUCUAGGAUGGCUCAAGAAUGCGGUGAUAGUGGACUAAGUCCAUGGGACUUCAUUGCCUUUUAAAAGCUGUAAGAAUUUAUAAUUCCUAUAAUUCUGAAAUAUGAGCCUUGUACUUCACUUGUUUUAUGAUUGGACAUCCUUAGGUUUGCAGGCAGAAAGAUGUGGGGGUGCCUUGUAUGACAGAAUAUUGCUGUACGAUGAUGCUUAAUGGAGGGGGUGAGAAAUCUAGUGUGGUCUUGCCUGUUGGAACAAACCCAGGAACAAUCUAACCACAAAAGCACUCCUGGGGUUAGUCUAGGGAAGGAAUCCAUAGUUCUGCCCUGUAACCAGUCCUGGCAGAGUUCCAGCAUGUGGGCAGUGCCAGAGGUGGAGGAAAGGGAUCUCUGAAUGACAAGAGGCAAACCACACUAACAGCGUUACUAUUUUGUGGGAAAUGCAAUAGCUUGUAAGGAGCAGCAAAGUAUCAGACGUCCGGUGUUGAUAAUCUGGCAACAGGGAGCCAACACAACUGCAGGAAGAAGGAAGAGCACGAGAUGUCCUCAGGGCUUGGAGAUGAGUAGCCCACUCAACACCUGAAGGCAGAAGGGAAAGGCAUGCCUCUACCAACUUCACUCAGUAGCCCAGGAGAUUUGCUUCUUGAGUUCUCCCGCCACCUCUGUUGAGUAAUUACCAACAGAGUUGGACUUAAUGACACUUUUAAGGAGAGUGGGACUAGGAAAACCUUCUGCUUGCUGGAGACAACAAACUGGACAAGGGUUUGACAAGAGUGAUUCAGGGAUAAUUGAUCCUGCUUUGUGGGACAGAACCUACAUCAGAGAGUAGUAAAAUUUUCAAAGUUAUGGUACCAAGCUAUAUUUUUUAUUUCCUAAAAUAGAGAGAAAUUUGAGAACUGGGAGAUGGUACCUCCCGACGAGGCUAGAUGCUGAUAAGGUGGUCAGGUGGCAUUAGGUCGUAUGCAUUUCCUCUGGCAUCUGUUGAAGUCUUCUGCCUACAGACUAGAUGAGCACUUGAAGCAAUUUCUUCGCGUCUGUCAUGCACUCCUGCCGCGCUGAUGCUGUUUAAAGUUAGGAUCCCUUCUGCUUUUCGUGCACCUUUAAAAGGGAGAAGCACUCCCCAGAAAACUGUGGAGUGGAAUAGCCUUCCACCACUACGAACACAAACAAAAUCCUAAAGCUCCAAAAUACCUGAAAAAGGUGUGUUCAGAGAUUAGAGGAGUGUUGAAAGUUUUUUCACUGGUACAAAUACUUCAAAUUAAUUGUGAACAACCCUCGGCUAAAGAAAAAAAAUACACUACCCAAGAGUUGGGCGUGUUUGGGCAGUUAGUAUGUAUCAAAAUAAAUUCUAGUAAACGAGGACACUC